AUGUCAUCACGAGUGUAUCUCGGUGCCUUGCCUGAGAAUGUCAGCACGACAGAGGUACACAAGUACCUCUCGAUGUAUGGCCAAAUUUUGGAGAUCAAGCUGCGCCAAGGCGAGUCGCAAGAGGGUUACUCGCCGUAUAGACUUGACGCAGGACAGCAGGUUUUGGCUUCGUGCAAUUCGACAGCGCGAAGGACGCCUUGGACGUCGUUCGGACCUUCGGUGGCCGACCUUUCCUCGGGGCUGAUGUUAAAGUGCAGCUGGCUCGGCCUGAUCGACGCGUUCGAGUACACGGAACGCGUGGGGUCUCCCUAG